AUUACCACGUCGCUUCAGACAGGGGAUUUCCGCUGGUUGCUUUCGGUCAUUUCAUCUCUACUCUGCACUGGGUCCCUUGCUCUGUCGCGGGGCCCCUGUUUUGCUGUAACCACUCGGAGCCAAUCAAGAAGAAGAGCAAACACGCCCGCCCGCUCUCAAUUUCCGUUGCUCUGCUGCCUGCCAACCGCAAAGCCGAUCGCGACGGAGCCGCUGUCAGCUCUUCAACCCAGCUCAGCUGAUCGGUUGCCGCCGCCGCCGCCACGGGAUUCCGGAGGCGAAGAACGCCAAGCGGAGAACAUGGACGUGAAUAUCGCCCCACUCCGCGCCUGGGACGAUUUCUUCCCUGGCUCUGACCGCUUCGCCCGGCCAGACUUCAGGGACAUUUCCAAAUGGAACAACCGCGUGGUGAGCAACCUGCUCUAUUACCAGACCAACUACCUGGUGGUGGCUGCCAUGAUGAUUUCCGUCGUGGGGUUUCUGAGCCCCUUCAACAUGAUCCUUGGAGGAAUUGUGGUGGUGCUGGUAUUCACGGGGUUUGUGUGGGCAGCCCACAAUAAAGAUAUCCUCCGCCAGAUGAAGAAGCGAUACCCCACGGCGUUCGUCAUGGUGGUCAUGUUGGCUAGCUAUUUCCUCAUAUCCAUGUUUGGCGGAGUCAUGGUCUUUGUGUUUGGCAUCACUUUUCCUUUGCUG